GGCCAUAUCCAGCAGAUAGCUGAUAUGAGGACUUUGCUGAAUUCAGAAAGCUGAGUGUAACACCUACAGACUUCAGUGAAAGGAAAUAUUAUCCCUCCAAGCAACUCAUCCACAGACGACUUUUGGUAGCUUUAAAUUAACCUGUUGCUCACCUGCAAAGACACAGCUAUUGUUUCUUUCAGCACAGAUGGAGGAAGGCAACAAACUUUGUAACCCUGGCUAAUAAGACUGUGGCUUUCCUAUCAAAAGUAGGAGGUAGUCCAAUUAUAAGAGGAUUAUUUUAUACUUAGCCUCCAGGACUUUAUCUCUGGCCUGAACUUUGGACAUAAAUAGAAGCCAAUUUUAAUGACCUGAGAUUUUACUACCUGUGCUUUAUUAUUGUUAUCAGUUCUUUGAUGCUUUGGUACUUUAUUUCUUUAAAUUAGAAAUGGGUUCAUGGACUAGAAUGUGGCCCACAGGCUGGGCUGUUCUCAUGAAAUCAUGGCUUAUCUUUUCCCUGGGGCUGUACAUGCAGGUCUCCAAAACUCUGGCCUGCCCAAAAGUGUGCCGCUGUGACCGAAACUUUGUCUACUGUAAUGAGCGAAGCUUGACCUCAGUGCCUCUUGGGAUACCGGAGGGUGUAACCGUCCUCUACCUCCAUAAUAACCAAAUUAAUAAUGCUGGAUUUCCUGCAGAGUUGCACAAUGUCCAGUCUGUGCACACAGUCUACCUGUAUGGCAACCAAUUGGAUGAAUUCCCCAUGAACCUGCCCAAGAAUGUCAGGGUUCUCCACCUGCAGGAAAACAACAUUCAGACCAUUUCUCGGGCUGCCCUUGCUCAGCUUUUGAAGCUGGAAGAGCUGCACCUGGAUGACAACUCUAUCUCCACUGUUGGUGUUGAGGAUGGGGCAUUCCGGGAAGCCAUCAGCCUCAAGCUUCUGUUCUUGUCCAAGAAUCACUUAAGCAGCGUACCAGUAGGCCUUCCGGUGGACUUACAAGAACUUCGAGUAGAUGAAAACCGAAUUGCUGUCAUUUCAGACCUGGCCUUCCAGAAUCUUACCAGUUUGGAGCGUCUGAUUGUGGAUGGCAAUCUCCUUACUAAUAAAGGCAUAACUGAAGGCACCUUCAGCCACCUCUCCAAGCUCAAGGAAUUCUCAAUAGUGAGAAAUUCACUGACCUACCCUCCUCCCGAUCUUCCAGGUACACAUCUGCUAAGGCUCUACUUGCAGGACAACCAGAUAACCCAUAUACCACUUACAGCCUUUUCAAACCUCCACAAGCUGGAACGUCUUGAUAUUUCCAACAAUCAGCUUCGGAUGUUGGUAAAGGGGGUAUUUGAUAAUCUCCACAACCUGAGGCAACUCACUGUAAGGAAUAAUCCCUGGUUGUGUGACUGCAGUAUUAAGUGGGUCACUGAAUGGCUCAAAUUUAUUCCUGCUUCCAUCAAUGUACGGGGUUUUAUGUGCCAGGGACCAGAGCAGGUCCGAGGUAUGGCAGUCAGGGAGCUCAAUAUGAAUAUGUUGUCAUGCCCCACCACCACCCCUGGUCUGCCUCUUGUCAUCACCUCAGUCCCAGCUACAGCCAUGCCAACUACAUUAGUUCCCACUUUAUCAGUUCCUUCCCCAAGUAGCAAAUAUAAUCCUCUCACUCCCAGCAUAGCCACACUCCCCACUGUGCCUGACAGGGAGGACAGAGAAAGGGUGACACCUCCUAUAUCUGAACGGAUUCAGCUCUCCAUCCAUUUUGUGAAUGACACUUGCAUCCAAGUUAACUGGAUGUCUCUUUUUACAGUGAUGGCGUAUAAACUCACAUGGGUUAAGAUGGGCCAUAGUCUGGUAGGAGGAAUUGUUCAGGAGCGAAUAGUUAGUGGGGAGAAGCAACACUUAAGCUUGGUAAAUCUGGAGCCCAAAUCCACCUAUCGGAUUUGUUUGGUUCCGCUGGAUACUUAUAACAAUUACCGAACUGGAGAAGACACUGUCUGUUCAGAAGCCACGACCAAGGCUUCCUUUUUGAGCAAUGGCAGCAACAUCCCCUCCAGCCGUGAGCAGACGACUUCUCAGAACCUGGGCUCCCCAUUUCUGCUGGCAGGGUUGAUUGGGGGUGCAGUGAUAUUUGUCCUUGUGGUUCUGCUCAGCAUUUUUUGCUGGCACAUGCACAAAAAAGGGCGUUACACCUCCCAGAAGUGGAAAUAUAACCGGGGCCGUCGGAAAGAUGACUACUGCGAGGCAGGGACCAAGAAGGACAACUCCAUCCUGGAGAUGACGGAAACCAGCUUCCAGAUUGUCUCCUUAAAUAAUGAUCAGCUCCUUAAAGGAGAUUUCAGACUGCAGCCCAUUUAUACCCCAAACGGGGGCAUUAACUACACAGACUGCCACAUCCCCAACAACAUGCGAUAUUGCAACAGCAAUGUCUCAGACCUGGAGCACUGUCAUACAUGAUAGUAAGGGGAGAUGGGGAUGUCUAGGACAAAGAGAAAAAACUCUGGAAGAAGUAACCCCCCCCAACAACAAUGAAAAAAUUACAUUUGAUAAAUGUUACCCAGAUGCAUUUAUGCAUUUGAAUAAUCUGUAAUUUAUACUGUGUACUAUAUAAUGGGAUUUAAAAAAAAGUGCUAUCUUUUCUAUUUCAAGUUAAUUGCAAAUGGUUUUGUAACUCUUUGCUUUUUAAAUCUUUAAAAAAAUAUUGCUAAGUACUGUACAGGGUUGUACAAUAAGAACCCAAUGUCAUGGCAAAGGAAAGAAUGACUCAUUCUUCAAACAUUAACCACUUUGCUGUCGAAGCUGUCUGAGGGAUGUUAAGUUUCCAGGUGUCCUGUAGUACAGGAAAAUAAGUGCAUAUUAAAAGAGAGUCACUAGGAACGGACAAAAGCAAUUCAGAUAAAAUGGGUACUACCCUUCUGACUUGAACCCAGCAGUUGCUGUUGAGCUUCAAACAAUUAAAAAUACUUCAGUUCCCUUUUGUCAGUUCUACAUUUCCUACCUCCAACUGAAUGCGGAGUUCUGAGUGUUACCAAAAAGGCUACUUUCUUGUUUGGUUUUCUCCCAACAUACUUGGAAUAGGAAAGGUAGACAGAGCUCAGUGUUAAACUUGCAGUGACCUUCAUUCCUAUUUGCAAAAGCUACUCUGAAAAU